AUGAUCCCCCAAUCAUUGAAACCCCGUACUGUUGAAACCUUUUUAACUGCUUCAGAAGAUCCUGAAGCGGACCAAAACAUGGAUUCCAACGCCAUUUCUACCCCAACUACCUCUCCAGCAAUUAAUGUUUCUUCAGUUGAUUGCGAUCGCAAUUCUCAUGCAGCAUGUGACACUGACAUUGACAUGCAUAAUCCUGUUGUUCCAACCCACGCCGUUAUUUCUACUGAUUUUAUUAAUGAAAACUCCGAAAACCAAAAAAAAAUCGAAAAUUCUCAAAACCCAAAAAAAAAUUCUGUUUCUGUUCCUUCUGUUUCUGUUCCUUCUGUUUCUGUUCCUUCUGUUUCUGUUCCUUCUGUUUCUGUUCCUUCUGUUUCUGUUCCUUCUGUUUCUGUUCCCUCUGUUUCAUCUUCUACUACGGCCUCCAAUCCGGUGGCUCCAGCUGUCAAUGUGACAAGACCAAUCCAAACCUAUGCUCAAGCCACCGCUGGAGACAAGCGCACACCUCGAGCCACUACAAACACCAAUGAUCCAUCCUUCCAAAACGUGUUGAUGAAAUUUGAAAGAACUUUCAAAUGGGCAAGUCACAUCAAAAUCCUUGACUUUAAGCACCGCGACAAAAACGCGAGGAACUCGUCAAGAUCAUGGAAAUUGAAGAUUUCUUCCAAAAUUACACCAGUUUUAAUAUGA